AUGACUCAUUUAAUGAUGUGUUGUUCAGCUCCAUUACCUGAAAGUAUUCAUCGACGAUGGUAUGAAAUAACUGGUCAUCAUCUUCUUGAACGUUAUGGAAUGAUUGAAUGUGGUACUGUUGGUCGACCAAUGCCUGGUGUUACUAUUCGAAUUGCACGAGAAAGUACAAUAUCACCUAUGGGUCAUGAACCAUUAGUAGAAGCUGAUAAUAUCGAUGAACCAAUUGAACGUGAACUUCUAAUUCAAAAUCCAAUUUUAUUUAAAGAAUAUUGGCGAAAACGUAAUGAAACACGUACAACAUUUACAACUGAUGAUAGUUUUUUUUAA